AUGGAUAAUUUGAUUAUCGAACUCUCGGAUGACAGUAGUGAUAAGGAAGAAAUUAAGGAUAUUGAAAAGCAAAAUCGAGUUGAAUCUACUGAAUACAAUAAAGAUUUAAUUGUGACAUGGUCUUCUUCUUCACGCAAUUCGCAGUCAAUUACAAAUGAAAAUAAUAAAAGUGAAAAUGAUGAUAAUUGCGGUAGUGAAAACUUUGUUCCAGCCUGGGAAAUUGAAUCAAAUUCAUCCAAUUCUCAAUCUCAAUCAGUGAAAAGGCGUCGAUAUAAUAGUUUAGAUGAAAAAAGCACAUGUGAAAAAAAGACCUUGUUUGCAAAAGAAAAUCACGAUGCACAGAAUGAUAAACAUCACAAAAAUGGAAAUGAAAGCGUAAUUAAUAAAAUUAAUAAUAAGAAAUGGACAAAAAAGAAAAAUAGUCAAAAUACACAAUCAAGUGAUUUGAUUAUAGAGGAUGAAGAAAGUGAAGAAAUUGCUAAUCAUUCUAAUGCCGAUUUGAAUAUUGAGAUAGAUUGUAAUGUUUGGACUUCCAAUAAUUGGGAAAGAGAUAUUGCUGAGAUUGAAUCUAUUGAAAAGGAUUCAAAACAUGGAUUAAUCGUUUAUUUAACUUGGAAAUCAGGUCAUAGAUCAGUUGAACCAAUUAAUAUAUUAAACAAAUAUGCACCACAAAAGUUCGACAAAAUUGAGGAUUGGGUUGAAAAAGUAAAUCAAAAAAGAGACGAAUCCAUUGUCAUUAGCAGUAGAGCUUCUCCGCGAAAUAAUUUUUCAAAUAACAAUAGCAGAAAUAUAAUUUAG